AUGAAUCUGGGUGGAUGUGUGGGGCAUAUAGGUAUUAAAUCAAUGCAGCAGGGUAGUAAUUUCCUAUGUAUGGUCAGUAGCUCUGGUCAGAAGUUGCACUGUAAUGAUUCAGAGCAUUGUGGUCACUCUAUCGAUGAUGGUUCACCUAGCUUGAAUAAACUUCAGCAAGAUGAAGAAAGUAAGGAUCCACUUGAAGAUGUUGAUCUGAAUGCAAUUGGAAGCUUGCUUCCUGAUGAUGAGGAUGAGCUUUUAGCUGGCAUCGUGGAUGAUUUUGAUCUUGGUGGGUUGCUUACCCCAGUGGAAGAUUUGGAAGAUGAUCUCUUUGGCAGUGGAGGAGGAAUGGGGUUGGAUUUUGAUAUUGUUGUUGAGUAUGUUGAAGAGCUGUAUGCCAGCUAUGGAAGGAUGGAGAGCUCUAGCUUCGUCUCUCUGGACUACAUGGUUCGACAAUUUGACAUUAACCAUAAGAUGAAAGCUAUACUGAUCGACGGGCUUAUCGAGGUGCAUAAUAGGUUUGAACUCACGGAAGAGACAUUGUUUCUUAUUGUUACACUCGCGGACAGAUUUCUAUCUCAGCAGACGUUGGCAAGAAAGAAGCUUCAAUUAGUUGGUUUGGUUGUUGUUCUCUUAGCAUGCAAAUAUGAAGAGGUUCCUGUUCCAGUUGUUGCUGCAAUUGUUGAGGAGACACAAUAUGUACCUGAAGUGAAGACGAUUAUGAGGAUGGAACUUCUGGUGCUUUCUACUCUUCAGUGGAAGAUGAAUCCAGAAGGACAGAGGUACCCGGGUCUUGAGGCAAGCAAUCGUUCCAAAUGCAGUUUUGUGAGUGCAAGCAAUGAAUCCAGUUGA